AUGGUUGCUGCUGGAUCAGAACUAGAUAAUGAACUAUUAGAGUACGCUCGUAACAACUUGCGUCAUGUUCCCGACACUCCAGAGUACGCCAAAAUGAUUUCUGGAAUGUUGUAUGACCCGAUGAAUCCCUUGCUAGAGGAUGGAAGGGCACUAUCCUCCGAUUUGUCUGUCGAUUUUGCCAAUAUUCGUCGAAGAGAUUACAGUUCUCUCGAGGAGUGGAAAAAAGCAAAGGCCAGCUUUAUCCAGAGAUUCUUUGGCAAAGCUGGGGCAAACUGCUUUGUGGAGCCUCCGUUCAGCUGUGAUUACGGCUAUAACAUUGCUGUGGGAGACAAUUUCUACGCCAACUACAACGCUUCAUUUUUGGACGUGUCUUUGAUUUUAAUUGGGGAUGAUUGUCUGCUUGGUCCCAACGUUACGUUAUGCACAGCUGGCCACCCAUUAGAUGUCAAUUAUCGGGCUAAAGGCCAAGAGUUCGGCUUGCCAAUAAGGAUCGGAGACAAUUGCUGGCUAGGGGCCAAUUGUGUUAUUUUGCCAGGUGUUACUCUAGGCGAUAAUGUUGUUGUGGGUGCAGGAGCUGUUGUGACGAAAGAUGUGGAAAGCAACACGCUAGUUUUAGGGGUUCCUGCCAAAGUGGUGAAGAAGCUCGAUCCACUCAAAGAAGGCCAAAUAUAA